AUGGCCUCUACCAUUUAUCGCGCUCUAGACUCCGCGCAGCAUGAGAUCCGUCUCUUGAAGCUGCUGCCAGCGGCGGAUUUUCAAGAUGAGAUCCGAUGCAAGCUUGUUUACAUUACACUCGACAAUGUAGAACCAUACGAGGCGCUUUCAUACACCUGGGGGAAAGUGGAAUUCUCCCACCCCAUCGUCCUGGACGGCGAGUCGUUCAAGAUCACUGCCAACCUGGACUCGGCGCUGCGGUAUCUGCGCUGGCCAUCUGAAGAGCGCACUCUCUGGGUCGACGCCGUGUGUAUCAAUCAGAUGGACAUUGGCGAGCGCAGCCACCAGGUGACGCUCAUGAAGGACAUCUACCAGCAUUGCCAGACCGAUCUCGUCUGGCUGGGCCCCAACCCCUCGGAUCUUGAAGUGCCCCCUAGUGUAGCGGAUCCUGAGGAAAGAGAGAAGAGAGAAGAAGCCGCCAAGAAACAACAAGAGAAGAGCAUCGUCGACAUGGCCAAAGGCGUCGCUCUCAUGAAGAAGAUCCACGACAAGGACAUCACCACGCUGAACUCCAUGCGCGCAGAAUGGGAGGAAAGAUGGACGUCCAAGUAUUAUGAAAAAGAUGGCAAGAACCGCUGGUUGGUGUCCUGGGAGGAUGAGAGAGCGCUCAACAGCCUCUUCUACUGGCCGCGCAUCUGGAAGCGCAUAUGGGUGAUGCAAGAGCUGUCGUGCGCCCCGAAGAUCCUACUGGUAGCCGGGCGGGAGACGCUGGACUGGAAUUAUGUCGCCUCGUUCUUAGGUGACACUCCGUAUGCGGAUGCGUUCCACAUCACCUUCUCUCAUGGGUCGAUGAGUCCCAUGGCUAGGCAUGUUUUCCAGCACGCGCAGACAAUCCAGCAUCAGCGCGGCAUUAUCCAGGACGUUGCGGCGAGCGGGUAUACGUCGACCUUGCUGGACGUCCUCGCCCGCUUCAAGUUCGCUUCUUCCACAGAUCCGCGCGACAAGAUCUACGGCCUGCUAGGGCUGGUUUCGGAGAAGUUCAAUAUCCGAGUAGACUACUCGAAGCCGGUGGCACACGUCUUUGCGGAUGUGACGAAGCAUAUCAUUGACGCGUCUGAAAAUCUGGACAUCAUCUGUCAGAACCCCUGGGGCGACGAUGAUGACAACACAAAGACCGAGGGCUUGGCGUCGUGGACGGCCGAUUUCACAAAAUCAGGGUUUCGAGGCAGAUCGACGGACAGUUGGUCAGGACUAUUAUUCGCACAACGAGAUGUCUUCUCUGCCGGCAGCUGUUCGCUAGAAGUCCCGUGUCAAGUCGUAAACGAAAUUGCCCUACGAGUCCACGGCGUCAUCAUCGGACACGUGGGCCGGGUGCAGGAAGAAGAGUACUAUGACACUCCAGAGCAGGCCAAGCAGCGGCCGUACAAGUUUGGCAGGCGGAUGAGAAUCCCAAGAAACUGGAUGCAAGCCUCUUUUGGGAAUGACUUGCUCGAUGAUCCGGCCCUGGAGUACCCUGCCACCGGAGAGCCUGCUCUCCAGGCAUACUGGCGGACAUUGGUGGUUGAUUGCACAUGCUACAAGAUUCAACGGCUCACCGAAGAUGAAAUCGUCUCUGACGGAGCGGUGUUCGACACGAUCCUGCGAAGAGAGCCAGUCCUGGAUGAGAAUAACAGGGACAUUGAGCUUGAGAAGCUCUUCGAGGGACUUGCGUCCCAGGACAUGUGGGAACGGAAUUACCAACGCUGGACGUUCGCCGUCACUGACAAUGGGCUAUACACAAUGCUCAGGAAAGGAACCCAGGAAGGCGAUGUCAUUGCGGUCCUGGAUGGCGGCAAGGUCCCGAUCGUUCUAAGGCCGACAGAGGGCCCUACCGGAGUGACGUACAGUGUUAUCAACACAGCCUACGUGCAUGGCUACAUGGAUGGACAAGCUGCGGAUGAAGUGACGAAAGGCCAUUUGCAGCGACAAGAGUUUCUUCUGGGUUGA